CCGUAGGUGGCAAGCAUAACAUCAUGCUUGCCACCUAAAGUCUAGUCUAGUCUAUCCUAGCCCGGGUGAGGGUCCGAAGUUACUGAAUCCGAGUGUAGAAAGUACGAGAUGAGUUUCCCCUGUAGGUGUAUGUGCUGAGGUAAGGUGAGCCAUUGUUAGUCCUAAUUAGGUGGCAUUCAACUUCGUGAUGGCUGUCAACAAGCGCCGAAAUCGAGCUAAUUUUAAUCAGUUGAUCAUGCAGAAACUCCGGGCAAAUCACUGCGCGGAGAGUCUGAACAAGCUCGAACUCACUCACCUGGAUGGAGCUUUAAUAGAUUGUGAACUGCUUGCAACUGAGGAAGACGGUCUGGAAGUGGUUUGACAUGGACCCACAACGCAAGCAGUUCAACACAAUAAAGAGCUCGGAGGGUUUUUAUGUCGGUGAUGAAGACAGGCGAUCCUGAAUAUAAUUGGUGCACACUUUGCAUUGGCUACUGCAUUAUCCCAAUCUCCUAUUCCGGGGGUUCUGACGGCGAGAACUAACUCCGGCCCCACUUUGUUCGUCCCUAGCGAGCAAGUCGAGCUUCAAAGUUUAUUCUUCUCCUCUUAAAUCGUGGCCAUUCGGUUUGCAAAGUUGCGAGGCUUUGUCUAUAUAUGGCAGAACCAGGCCAACCAGGUGGGGUUGUGACAAACCGAGUGCGCUUUCCCCGCACCGUAACGUGUUGCGUAAUGACGCCAUCGUACGAGAAUCCAUCGAUGAGUGCCGUGCAGUCGUCCUUGCGCAGUCCAACGCAUCUUCCUCUGGUUUGAUCAGUGAUCACUUCCAUCUAGAGGCCCCUGCUUCACCCCUCGACGGGAUGCCGCCGGGUCCAUGAUCUUGCUAUACGGAAAGUACAGUAGCGGACGAGGCUGAAUUUGCUAGCGACGGGUUCAAGCUGGUGGAGAUCAGAGGACUCAGGUGCAAGCAAGGACGAUUGUUGCUGCGGACAUCCAAGUGGGGUGGCUCAGCUGGAAUCAAGAAAAUCAGGACACAAGAAACCGCAGGCUGAACUGAUUCUUGGAGGGACGGGGCAUUGGAUACACAUUUGUAGUCAUGACAGAAGCAGCUGCCGAGGUGUCCAAUAAACCAGUUGAUGUUAAUCAAACAGCAGUAGACGAGAAAGAAGUAGAGGACUUUCUGAUCAAAACAGCAGAGACAGAACCAAGAGAUGAUGCUUCAAAGGAAACAAUCGGUCACUUUAUCGAGAACGGUUCAAAACACGGAGAACAGAAACCAGAUGACAAUGUGAAGGAAAAGGAUCCUACUGGGACAUUUACAGGAGUAGAUAGUGCCACUAAAGAUGAUGGUAAAGAACCAUCUUUGACAACUGGUGAUGUAAGGUUGGAAGGUACUAGUACCGAAGAGAUUGAGUUUCUUCAGUCCCUGGAGGAGCCUUUGGAUACGAAAUCAGCAACUAUGGUCACCCAUGAUUCUGAACCCGAUCAAAGUGAGCAGUCGCAGAGAAUCCUAGAAAAGAAGAAUGAGGAGGAUGAAAUCGUCGAUGAACAGUUAGUCAAUGCUCCAGCAGGAAUUAAUGAACAGGAAGAAGGAAAGCUUAGUAGUCCUUUGGAAUCCGAUGGACUGGUUUCGGACGAACUCGUAAGUGUUUCUGGAAGAGCCGAGGAAGAGAAGGUUUCAGAUGUGGUUUCACAGAAUAAGGUUCCUGAGAGCGAGGCGGACCCACUUCCAACUGCGGGGCAGGAAAACACUUCAGGAGAGGUUGAUUCAAGUAAAGCCAGUGUCAUGGGUUCAAAAGGUGUUGGCGAAGAGGCUGCAACCGCAGUUGAUGAUGUUGAACCUAUAGCCAGUCACCCUCCUGACGCGUCGUUAAGUCAAGACGUUGGAAAUAAUCUACCAGAAACUCUCGAGAAGACAAAACUUGACGAGCUCAUACAAACUCACGAAUCAAAAUCAUCUGGGGUCACUGCGGAAGAUACCGAUAAGAACAUCGUUACAAGUUUGGAUGGUCAUGAAGAAGAGCAACGAUCUGUGUCAACUGAUAAGGAUGUUCAUGUAAUUGCGGGCUCAGAGGAGGAAGGAGGUAAAGCCGAUCUUUUCAUCGCUAAGGAUAAUGAUCUCACACAGAGGUUACCUGAGGAUGUGCAUGUAGCGGGAAUAGAUUCACAAGAAACUAGUGACAGUGGAGGAGUGAAAGAAGGGAUUGUGGCAGAAGUUGAUCCAAACGUUGAAGGUACAGGGCCCAUGGCAUCGAAUGGAAUCGAUGAGGAAGUGGCAGUGUCAACGAGCGAAGUUGAUGCAGAUACAAAGCAGAGUCCAGGAGUGCUGGAAUCUGUUGGAGAUGGUGUUAUAGCACUUAGCAGUGGAGUUCUUGCGAAGGCUAAGGAAUAUGCUGGGCUGGAGAUAGUCAAUGAUACCAGUGCCCCAGCUUGCGAAGUGGAGUUGAAGCAUAGCGCGGCAGUAUUGGAACCAGGUGAUACUACUAAGGACAUUGUAGUAAGCUCAGGGCCUGAAGAAACAGAUACGACCGAGGCAGAGGUUAGGACUGAAAAUACAUCAGACAAGAAUGAACUUUCGGCACAAGCCGAACACGUUGCAACUCAAGAGAGGGGCUUAUCCGAGUUCGAAAAGGAACGGGAAGAAGAUCCGAUCGUGGAAACAGUCAAGGACUCAGAUAUUCCAGUGCCAGAAGAGGAGCCAAAGCAAAAUCCGGGAGUACUGGAAUCAGUUGGAGACGGUGUUAUUUCCAUCGGCAGUGCUGUUGUUGCAAAGGCUAAGGGACUGGUUGGUUUGGAAACUGUCAGUGAUCCAGAGGGUCCGCUUUCGGAGAAGGACCAAAAUCAAAUUUCGGGACUCACGGAAUCAGAUGGUAAUUCUGAAGGAUCUGCAAAAGAAGUAGAAGCUGGCGAAGUAUCACCAGUUGAUGUCGCCGAGGCAGAGGACAAAAGUAGACUUAAAGUGGAAUAUGGAGAAGACAUCAAGGAAGAACUGAACGGAUUUCAAGAAAAGAGCUCUACCGAUGCAGGGAACCUGCUACCUGAAACACCAGUCAUUGAGGAUGUUAUAGACACAGAGGAUCCAGUCGCAGAUGUUGCCAAGCAAGACCAGGGAGCAUUUGAAUCUUCUGGAGACGCUGUCUUGUCGCUCAGCACUGUAGUUCCCACAAGUGAUUCGUUGGUUAGGUUGGAGAAUUCCAAGGCCUCAGAGCAAUCUAUCUCGGAGGGCGAGGCAAGACAGAGCCUGACAGUAACAGAUGAGAAAGUGGAAGAAGUUGCCUCAAAGGAAAUACUCAAUGAAACACCUCCUGUUAAUGUUACCGAUGCUGUUGAGGAGACUAAAUCAAGAUCGAAGGAGGAAAAAUUCCCGACAACUGUCGAUACAGUAGAAAGCCAAGAGACGAACUUCUCCGAUGCAGGGGGCCAUGUGCCUGCAGAAUCAAGUUUGGGGAAAGUCAUGGAAUCCGAAACUUCAGUUUCGGAAAUGGAGCCGAAGCAGAGCACGGGAAUAUUGGAGUCAGUUGGUGGCGGUGUGAUGUCCCUUGGUAGUGUAGCCUUUGCAAGUGCGAAAAGUUUGGUUGGAUUGGGGAAGCCAAGCUCCGACUUUGAAACAGCCGACGAAUCCCAGAAAGAGUCUACCCAAUCUAUCGAUGAGAAGGAUACUCCUCUGGCCAGACCUGAGAUAAUUAUGCCUGAUACUACCACCACUGUACAUACUGAGAAAGGAUUACCAAGUCUCCCUUUAGUAGUUAAGGAUGAAUUAGAGUCAAACAGUGCACCGAAUGAUGGGGUUGCGAAAGAGCAGAAGGACAGUGGUAGUCUGGGUUCUGUCCAAGCUGAUCAGGCUAAAAAAACUAUCUUCUUCACUUCUGAGAAAGUAUUACCAACACUAUAUAAACUUCCAACCCCUCCCAUUACACUCAACGACGAACCUCAUGGCUAUGGACUCACCACUUUACCAAAUGCUUCUGCUUAUAAGGAGAAGAAGGAUGUCGGCGAUGUAGGCGCUGUUCUCUCAGAAUUCUCGCCUGUCAGUUCGCAGAUAGGGAAGACCAGUAAUGGCAAAACUAUCGACGAACCCAAAGCGGAGGUUGCAGACAGAUCAAUGGUAUUGCCAAGUGAAGAACAGAAUUCCAGUGGUUUGCAGAAUGUCACCGGUGGGACUGAAGGUGUGGCCUCGGAGAAAUCAGACACGGAAGAUGGGGUCAAAGAAAGGUCGUUCAAUGUCUUCGUUCCCGACAGGGAUGCAUUAAAGAAGCCAGUCGAAGAGACCGUUUUAUCUCCAUCAACUCCAUCAACGCCGUCAACUCCUGGAGGCACCCCUUUGAUGAAACGAGUGGAGCAGCUAGAGAAGAAGCUCGCUCAAUUUGAAGACAAGCAGAACAGUCCAAAAUCACAGAAGAGUUCAACAGGGCCUUCAUCACCCCGUUCAAGUCUCGAUAGACCCUCCAGACUCGCGCGUCAUACUCUUGAGGAGACACUAUCGAAAGGCUCGCUUCUGGACCGUGUCGCUGCUCUUGAAAGAAAACUUGGUCAUGUGUUAUCUUUGCCUGGCGAUCUUCACGGUCAAGAUGUAUCUGCAGGUGCAGCAGUUCUGCCUGCAGUAAAGGCGGAAGCUCCUGUAGCAACGGAAUUUGGAUCGAACAAUUCUACGCAAGAAGAGAAUGUAAAAGCUCCGUUAAAACCUCUCAAGUUGGAAUAUGAAAGGAUUGCUCUUCCAGUAUCCAACUCCGAAGUGCAGUCGAAAGCUGCCGAAGAUUCUAUUGAACCGAAGGAAUCCACAAUGCAGAGAGCCGUAGAAAACCCGUUGAGUGCAAACACUGCCGAAGACCGGCACAAAGUUAAGGUCCCGGAAGGUUCUACGACGUUGAAUUCCUCACAGAACUUGAAGGCCUCACAAAGUUCUAGAAGUGUGAACUUCGGUCCGUAUACUCCGCCUACAAUUACAACAGCUGAAAUGAAGAGUACACCCGAGAUACCUGUUCCGGAAAAGGUCCCAGCAAAAGAUCCAGUUCAGCCGCAGCAACAACCUCUAGUCUCAAUGAAGAGUUUGAGUUUACGAUUGAGGAACUUAAAAUCCGAAGGUCCUGUCAACAAACUCAAAGCACGGUUCAGAACUUGUUUCGGAAAAGGUGGAAAGAAGGAGACUGCUGUAUGAGAAGGGCAAGGUAUUUUGUAUCAUAUUCCAAAGUUGGUCUAUUGUCUCUAACGAGUGCAUAAUUAUCAAUGAGAGCUGGAAAUCCCAUAUCUGGGCUGUAUUCCCUGCCUUUUGUUGACGUAGCUUCCUCUACCUGGUAAAUACUCGCUUCGAAUUCCAAGGAAUUAUUACUCAGGCUUUAUUAUCUGCCCUGGGUUGUAUCAUGAAUAGUCGAUUUUAUCAGUCGUAGAGUUCACUGUCUUGAUCUUCCGAGAUUCCCAUAUCGAUGAGAUUUAAUUGUUGUAGUAGUAGUCGGGAAUAGUUUAGUUACAUGAAAGACUGAAGACAACAGAUUUAAUUUUGCUAGGUACACAGAGGUAGAGGAAACGAAAGGUGGGUGUUUAGGUAGACCCCAUAUUUGGUCUAGUUGAGCUUACACGUGACACUGGUGGCUGAUAUUUCGUAGGAGAUUUGUCUGACUACGCGUAUUUUCUUGUUUAUGUAGAUUCAUCAAUCAGGUAUAUAUCUUUUAUAUACUGACCGAUCAUAGUCUCUUAUAUGGAUUGCUGAGCCUAGUGCAUGUAUCAUUAUCGUAUCGAAUAAAAACUUCACGAUUGCCGGCCGUU